AGCUGAUCAGGUUUCUUGGUAAAGUUUUUUCACGGCUGGUCAUUUGUAAACAAAAAUAAAAAAAAUACACGGCUCAAUGAAAAAAUAGAAAAAUAAUUCAAAGUUAUUUUUAUCCACCUUAAGAAAAUAGCAAACAUUUAUCCGUUAUUAAUGCAGAUUCGCGCGUGGCGAAAAUAUGGAUAAGAAAAAAGAUAUUUACAAUUUGUGGGUGCAGUACACGACGAAGAAUGAAGAAUCAUAUUUUCGUGAAUUUAUGGAACGUUUUGUUUCCAUUUGGCAAAGUCAAUUACCUUUGGAUUUCUCUGCAGCCGAUUGUCCCUACUGGUAUGAAGUUCAAUCUGAUCAGGGACCACAUUUAGGGCGCUUACCCGACGAACUGUUGCCGGCUAUUGGUAAAUUUAUUAUUGUCGCCAGUGAUUCGUGCCAAAAUGGUGAAAUCACUGAUGAAACUAUACGUCAAAUUGCCAUACUGGUCGACUGUUUAAUAAUUGUUUGCCGGCAUUUUGAUAAUAUUUUGGCUGUUAUCAAAUAUGAAUAUAAGCCAAAUUUAAUUGCUAUUCUUACCCAUGUAUAUCACCAGUGCAUUGAACAGAAACAUGCAUCCCCAGAAGUUGGACAUUUGUUUCGUAGCUUUUCACGAUUCCUGGAGGUUAUGUAUGAUCCGUACUUGACAUGGCGUAGCUUUUUACGCAAUAGUUUUGCUGAUUAUAGAAAAUUGUCGUAUAAACCCCAUAUGGUACAUGUCGAAAUUAUACCGUUUAUUUAUGAUUGUUUUCAACAAAAUGAUAUAACAAAUUUUCCCGAUAUUGGAGAAUCAUUAAUACAUACAUUAGGUGCAAUAAUUUGUGGAUCGCAGAAAACAUUAGCCUCUAUAACAAAUACAAAUUAUCUUAAAAAAUCUGGUGAUGGUUAUACAAUCUGUGAUAAUUUGCGCAAUGGCAUGCGUGCCAUUUGUCCGGCUACCGUAUCGGUUUUAAUGAAAAUUCUUUCCCAAUGGGAAACGUCAAAUAGCUUACGAACUAUUACUCUAAGAUGCUGUGCUCUAAUGGUCAUUGUUUUACAAAAAUCUAGUCCGGAAGAACGCCAAAUAGAUUUAGUUACCCUUAUUAAGCUAUACUGUGAUGUUUUGGAGGAACUUUUAAAAACGGACAAUUUCCAAAAGAAUGCCGGUGAUACCUUCAAUAUAGCUCCCGAUGACAAUGAUCCCAAUAAUGAUCAGACAAUCGAUGUUAAUGCUUUAGACGCAUCUAUAGACAAUAUCAAUGUAUUCUUAUGUGAUGGCUCCACAUCAAUGUUUAUUUGUGAGGCCAUUGAGGAUACUAAUUUGGUGGAUAUUUUAAUAGCUAUGCCCAAAGCUGUAGCAGAAUGGAAUUUAGAUUAUAAUCAACUUUUAAUAAAAGUUAUGAAAGCUUUGGCAUCAAUUACCAGAAAUUCGUUACGCAUAACUGAACAAAUACGUUAUUAUGACAAAAUUAGUAAAUUGUUUACGGGUCUAAUGGAUGUUGGUUUACCAGCCACCGAUCUAUUGGAGGCCUGUGUUGAAUUAGCCUAUGACGAUGGUAAAGGCCUGCUUACAUUGCCAGAAGUAUUGACAAAACUUAUUGAGUGGCUACCGCAAAUGGAUGCCAGAGAACAGGCAUUUUUGAGCCAUAAAAUACUUAAAGCUUGUACCGACAAUUAUGGAACAAAAACCAUUGCUUGUGAGACCCGAAUUAUCAAAAGUAUAUGCCAAUGCUUGCAACAUUCAGACAAGCUCUCCGAUCAAUGUAUACAGAAUUACAUUAAAUUAAUUGAAGAGUUGAGUAAACUCAGUAUUAUACCCAUCGAAUUGAAAAGUAUUUUUAGUCUAUUACGCAAAGAAAGUCAAUUUCCACAUCAUAAACAAUUAUUACAGACUUUGGUUAGCGUCUCGUUACAAUCGUUGACAAGCACAAAUUUGUGUUCCCAAUAUUUUAAUUUCUGUGAACCUGGAGAUGGAAUUGUUGUUACCGAUAUAAAAAAUUGGUCUAUGUCUGGUGCUUACGGUUUCAUAUUUCAUAUUUUAUUACGUCUCGAUAGUAAUUUUAAAAAAUCAAAUUCUAAAUUGAAUAUUGAUGCCAAGACAGAUGACCAACAACAACCACGUCAGGAAUGUCGGCGUAUGCUACUAAAUUUGCGUACCGGCAGCAAUACAGGUUUUGAAAUUUUCAUACAAAACAAUGGCAACAUUGUUGUUGCUGCACUUACAAAACGGGAAUAUUUGACCUCUUCGGUGGCUUCCACAACUCUGCUGGACGGUCAAUGGCAUUAUGUAACUGUAGCCAUUACACCACCAAAAAGGCCUUUCUCCUAUAGCCAAAUAAAUGUUUUCAUUGAUUUUGUGCAGAAAAUAAGUGCAACACUGAAAGUGGCGGCCAUAAAUGAGCCUUUUUUGUACUGUUCGGUGGGAUCGGCAUUGCAAGAAAUAAAAACGCCGGCGUCAAAUGCGGUCUCAGCUACAAAUGCAAACAGUGGAAGUUUGCCAAGAUCAUCGUCACAAGAUACCAAUCAAGGUUAUCGCAGCAUGCUGCCCAGCCUGUUGGAGAAGACAUUGUCGUCUAAUGUUUCCAAUUACUUUACCCUACCGCUCAGAUCACAAUCCACCUCAUAUGAUCCGAAUGUUAAGAAUUUCCCUGUGGGCAUGCAGGAAACUGUGUUUGGUGAACAACAAUGUCUUGGCGGUCAGGUGGGUGGUGUUUUGCUGGCCGAACCCACCACCAGUCUUAAGACCGUUUUUGAUGCUGGCAUUAAUUUUUCUUCGAUAUUUUCUCAAGACAAUGAUCUGUUGGAGUUGACAUCACGUUUUGUGUUUUGCUAUGCUCCCGGAGCCUAUUCGCAUAGCACCUGCUUGGAUUUAAUACCAACUGGAAAAUACAUGGGUUUGGUACAGGCCCAACAUUGUGCCAUUGUCAAAAUACAAGAUACCAUUAAUAGUGUGGGCGGAGUUCAGGCCAUAUUGCCCAUAUUGCAUCGCAUAAUCAAGGAAAACAAUGAUGAUUUUUCACUUAGCACAACCGAUACGGAAGCCCUGGAGUCUGGAGAAUCGCUGAAAACACCAAUGGCCGAGGAAUUUGCUGAUUGGGAAAUCUUGUCUACCAAUUCUUAUACCGAAUGGAAAAUGAUACAAUUCCCCUUGGCCAGCUUUAUGUGUUUCAUUCGUUACCUGACACACGAACAUGACAACAAUCAGGAGAAUUUGUUGCAUUCGGAAUGUUUGUCGAUUGUGGGCAUGAUGCUGCAAAAAUGUCCAGCGAAAAUGUUUGAUGUUAAUGCCUUGAUGGCCACACACUUGUUUAUGGAAUCGUUGCAGGGUCACAAAACCUCAACAGGGCAGGCCAAUGGAGCCCUCUUGGAAGAGCUCUAUACCUCUAUAGCCUUCAAUUUUGAUAUUUGGGUUCGUAUGCCCUUCCAAAUAACACUGGGUCAUGUGCAAUACUUGGGAGCAAUGAUUAAAAACGAUCGCAAAUAUUUUCGCAAAAAAUUUGGAAUACAAUUUUUCCUGGACACAAUUCGUCAAUAUUAUGGCACGCCGGAAAAUAUAACGCCCGAAGAUGCAAAGACCAUUCGUUCAACCUUGUUCGGAAUUGUUCGAUUCUAUUUGCAAAAGGAUAUUAACAUCAAGGAGAUUGGAACAAUAAUAGCAUUCUUGGCAUCUGUCAAGCAGGACCAUGUACUUAUUGAGUUUUUGGAAAUAAUGAAUAUGCACAUAAAGGGUAAAAAUUGUCGUGAUCAAUUGAUCCUGUUGCUACAUGAGCCUCAGGCGGCCAAUUUGAUUUACAAUUAUUUCAUAGAUAAAAACUACAGCUGUGAAUUGCAGGAAGCUGCCAUAAGGUUUAUAAGCAGCAUAUUGUCCACCUCUCGUGUCCACCCGAAAUAUAAGCAAAUUAUGCGUUUACAUGAUCCCACCACAGACGCCUCGCUGUUUCCUGGGCUAUUCUCCUACACCAUACCUAUGGUGCUGAGUUCCACCAUCCUAUUUCAUUUAUUGGAUGAAAUGUUAAGUACGGAAAUCGAUUAUUGUGGCAUCAUAUUUUUAGUGCACAAUGUCAGUAGUUGUGAACUGCCGGUAAAAUUGGAAGUUGCAAAACGUCUGUUGCAGUGUACCUUUACAAAACAAAAUUCUGCUCAGGCCAUAGCCAAACAACCGGGCUGGCAGGAAUCCAUAGCCCGUUUGCUCGUAAGACGGCCGAUUGAAAAUGUCAAACCAGACGAAGAGAAACGGAAGAGUUUUGGCAUUAACCUGGAUGUUUUGUUGGAGGACGAGAAUAAAUUCGACAAUCAAGGUGACCUCAUCAACUUCUGUGAACAACAAAUUGAACAAAUGGAAGGUCAAGAUGGCAAUGAAAGUGGUCUAAUACUCAACGAGAUACAAGCCAGUGUUUCGGAGGCUGCCAAUGUUUUGGAAAGUGAAAUAAAGGAAUUGGCCGAUACAGUCUCGGGUGUGGUAGUGGAAAAUGUUAGCUCUGUCUUUUCUGUUAUCAGACAAACCACCCAUGAUUUGCAAGAUACUUUCGAGUCAUUGACACAUCAAACAAGCACCACCACAAGUGCUGAUACAGUAGACACCAUAUCAAUGGACCUCAGCAAACAACGCACGGAAUCCAUGAGUUCGGAUAGCUCAUCACAAUCUGCAAAAGCUGGAGCCAGAAAAACGGAUUCGAUUGAAAGUAAUUUGGAAUUUUCCUCUGAAGCAGAUGUUGAUAGCGAAGAGCAGUUGGUAUACUUGGUGACCAACACAUUGUUUACCAUAUUUUGGAGGGGAGUAGGUAAUGAUGAUCCCGAAUGUUGGAAGGAAAGAGGUCAAGUUCUGGGUUGUAUCAAUCUAUUGGCCCUCAAUAAUGAAUUAGUGGCCUCGCAUUUGUCAUUGCGUUUAAGAAUAUUGGAAAUGGCCGUACAGGCAUCAUUGUUUGAUUUGGCAGAACAUGGAAAUCAAACGUUGAUCAAUCAAGAGAAUGCCUCUCACAUCCUACGCAUGGUUUAUGACUUGGUGGUUUUGGGCUCCAAUGAAGAUGAAUCGAAAAAAUGCUCCACCAAGCUUCUGGACGGAGUUCUGGCCCUGUUGGAUGCCUUAAUGAUAUUCCAAUCUGAUUCAUCAGAUGAUUGGUCGGAUAUGAUACGUUUAUGUUUGGGUUUACUUUUGAAAUGUUCCCAUCAUCCCAAUCCGGGUGUUGUGGCAAUGGCAACGGCAAAAUUACAUGCCACACUACAAAGUCGCAAUGCGGCCAAUCCUAAUGAACUGGCCUAUUUGUUAUUCUCUAUUAAUAAAGCGCUGGAUAUAGCCAUUGAGGUUGGCAAUCCCGAACAAUAUUCAUUCCUUAUGCCCGUUAUGAAGGCCUUAAUUGAAAAAUGUCGCAUUGUAUUCAAUUUGGAUUCAGUAUUACCGGAUCUACCUCCCACUUCUUCGGGUCCGGUGUUUUUCAAUGAUUUCCAGAUGUAUAGCACAAGCAAAAAAUGGAAGAACUUCAUGGAACGAAUUAUACAACCACUCUAUGAUUCAUAUCAACGCGAUGUUGAAAUCAAUCUCUGGGAGCCCAUCAAUCGCUAUUGGGCCGAAUGCUAUGAGGCCUGCAAGGUGGCAUCGAAGAAGCGCAGUACAUUCCAAGCUGAGAACAGAACGCUGUUCCAAAAAAAAAUCGUCAUACCCUGGAAGGUGCGUCAAGUUGAAGAAACGAAACGUCUGAAUGCAGCUGCAUUGCAGCACAAACGACGCAGCAGUCACAUCAAGAAAAAGUGGAAAUGUGCCAAACGAUUCCUGUAUGGACCUCGUGGUCCCUGGUAUACGGGAACACCAAUAGAAGAAUACUGGACUCUAUCGAAUCAUGAAAAUGUGGCACGAAUGCGUCUAAAAUUGGAACCCCAACUGUAUCCAAAUAAACAUGAGAAUGCAUCAAAGUUGCGCGACAACGCCACAAAUCAUUACGAUGCCAAAGAGAUGCCAGAAUUUGAUUCGACAAUUAAAAAUGUUGUUGUUCGUGAUUUUCUCUCGAACGAUGAAAACUCUCAACUGGAGGAGGAUUUGCGACUCACAAUCGAACAACAAUCCCAACAGGAUAAUACCACAGAGAAGCUGGUUAUAUCACAGGAAUGCGAACUGAUAACACUGAUGACCAAGGUUAAGGGACGCAUUGAAGUCAAUCAGACAAUGUUCACAUUUAUCGAUCUAAGUCCACCGGCUGAAGAUGGUUCGAAGCAUGAUUUCAGAUUUUCCAUCCAAAAGAUACGAGAAGUCCAUUUGAGAAAAUAUAAUUUAAGAAGAAGUGCUUUGGAAAUCUUUUUAGUGGAUCAAACUAGUUACUUUUUGAAUUUUACCACAAAGACUCGAAAUAAAAUAUUUUCGAAAAUUCUUAGUCUGCAACCACCUAAUAUUCUCUAUGGCUCUGGUCGAUCACCGGCGGAAUUAUUAAAACAAUCUGGUUUGACCCAAAGAUGGGUAAAUCGUGAAAUAUCGAAUUUCGAAUAUCUUAUGUAUUUGAACACAAUAGCAGGUCGUUCAUAUAACGAUUUAAGUCAAUAUCCAGUCUUCCCAUGGAUUUUAGCUGAUUAUACGAGUGAUAUUUUAGAUUUAACAGAUCCAAAAUCUUUUAGAGAUUUAUCGAAGCCUAUAGGCGUGAUAAAUCCAAAAAAUGAAGAUGAAACACGUGCAAAAUACGACUCAUUUGAAGAUCCAUCCGGUGCUAUACCUAAAUUUCAUUAUGGUACACAUUAUUCAAAUUCUGCUGGAGUUCUACACUAUUUAUUGCGCGUCGAACCCUUUACAUCGUUGCAUAUUGAAUUACAAAGUGGUCGAUUUGAUGUAGCCGAUCGCCAAUUUCAUUCCAUACCACAGACAUGGAAACUGCUGAUGGACAAUCCCAAUGAUGUGAAGGAAUUGAUACCGGAAUUCUUUUAUUUUCCAGAAUUUUUGAAAAAUAUGAAUAAAUUUGAUUUGGGUCAUUUGCAAAUCACCAAGGAAAAAGUUGAUGAUGUUAUACUGCCACCUUGGGCCACAACGCCCGAGGAAUUCAUAGCCAUACAUAGAAGAGCCUUGGAAUCUGAAUAUGUUAGUCAAAAUCUACAUCAUUGGAUUGAUUUGAUAUUUGGCUACAAACAAAAAGGACCCAAGGCCGUCGAGGCCUUAAAUGUAUUCUAUUAUUGUUCUUAUGAAGGAGCUGUGGAUUUGGAUAAGAUCACAAAUCCCGUGGAAAGAGAAGCUGUUGAAGGCAUGAUAAAUAACUUCGGCCAAGUGCCUUCUCAAUUGAUGCGAGAACCUCAUCCACGCCGCCUGUCUCAGGAAGAAACAACUCUUAAACUUCUGAGAGCUGAACUCAAACGUCCAGAUAUAACACAGUUUUUGGACAAGGUUGUGCAAUACUAUUGCGAGAUUUCAACUCCGAAAGAUCCAAUUGUCUAUUUAAGUCCACCCAGAUCACCGCCACGCUCAUUUCUUCAAUUGAGUCCCGACACCUUGAUAAGCAUUUCGAAAUCAUGUAUAUUGGGUUGUAAUUCAUGGAUGGCGUAUGAUAAAGAUCGAGGUUUUCUAUUGGAAAUCGACGCAACAACAACAAAUCUGAAAAACCGCAAACGCAUCUUUGGCCCCCUACAUCCCUCACAAGCAUCACAUUCCCAAAUGUUUGCUGUUAGUACGGAUGGCAAACUUCUGUAUGCCGGUGGUAUAUGGGACAACUCUUUGCGUGUUUACAGUAUACACAAGGGCAAAGUUGUUGCUUCUGUCACAAGGCAUUUGGACAUAAUCACCUGUUUGGCUUUGGAUAAUUGUGGUUCUUAUUUGGUGACCGGGUCACGUGAUUGCACCUGUAUUAUUUGGAGCAUACAAAAUUCACAUUCUAGCUCUGGUCCAGCCACUUCAAACAUACCCGUACAUGCUCUUACUAGUCAAACAAAUCUACAGUCAAUUAUACAACUUAAUACACAAAAUAGUUUUUCACCUAAACCCUUGACAACACUGUAUGGUCACGAUGACUCGAUAUCGAGUGUAGCUAUUUACACAGAACUGGAUAUGGUGGUUUCGGGAUCUUUGGAUGGCACCGUUAAUGUUUACACCAUACAAGAUGGACAAUUUUUACGCACAUUAAAACCAAUUGGUUGUACUGAGUUUUGUGUACAAAUUUCAUAUGUGACCAUUUCUUAUCAUGGUCACAUUGCAUUUAGUGCAUUGGACGAUGCUUCUCAUUCGGUUCAUGUUUAUAGCAUUAAUGGAACGAGUUUGGGCUCCAAAUACGUUUCGGGCCGAGUUACAGGAUUGGCGACCGCCUCCGAUUAUUUGGUAGUCGCUGACGAUGCUGGAGAUAUAACAUUGAGUCGUUUGCAUGGAUUGAAGCCUGUAUUCGAUAUACCACUGCACGUGCCGAUACAAACGGUAAUCGUGACGCCCGGCAACACCCAUGUACUGGCCCCCUUGCGCGAUGGGCGUUUGGCCGUUGUGGCGGUCCAUUUGCCCUUGAACAGUGCCAAGAAACAUUUGGUGCUGAAUGUCUAAAAUCGCAAUGAAUGAGAAAAAGUUGGUUUACUUCGUUGAUGAUUGAUCCAUCACAAAUGACAGACAAUAUUUGGACACAUUUGUCAAAAAAAUCCGCUCCCUCUCUCUCACACCACACCACACCUGUAGCUGUCUGUUUAUAUUUAAGCCGUCUAAAUAAAAAUAGGAUGAAAGCAAUCUUUGUAUCUAUCUGUCUAUCUGUCAUAACUAAAAUAACACUUCACACCACAACGUAAGCACAUACGCAUUAUAUGUUUCGUCUAUAUUUAAUAAUAUUUAGUAUUUUUAAAUUUAAAAAAAAAGUGAAAGCAAAUCACUUAAAAUACUGUAAUUUUCCACAAUUAUUUUUUGUACUUGUUCUUGAGUUUAUUCUUAUCUGUUUCUUUUUUUUCGUUUAAAUGUUGCAAUGUAUGAAAAAUUUCCACAAUUUGGCAUGUUCCAUUUGUGACUCAGAAAGUCUGCGUAUAUUUCUAAGAACAUUUAUUUUUUACUUUCAACUUGUUAAUGAGAAAUGUAUGGUAUUAAAUAGUAAUUAUGGCACAGUGUUUUAAAGGUUUACGUUUGGACAAAUCACACUUAGAAUUCUAAUAUAUAAGGGUAAGGAGAACUAAGAAAACUGUUGUUAGCCAUUUUACACUAAAAACAAAUCAUUGUCGGUUUGAUACACGAGGAAUAUAACACACUUGGACUUUUCGAAUUAUCAAAAUUAUUACCGAUAACAGUUUAUAAAACUGUAUUAAAUAACAAAAUCGUUUAAAAAUUACUUAAUUUUUGUUUAAUAAUUGCCGAUAGCAAUAUUUUAAAAAUGUUUAAUUAAAAAAUGACUAAAUUGUUGGAGAAAGAAGCUAGAUUUUAGUCUAAUAAUGUGAUAUAUGAAAAUUACUAUAAAUUUUUUUUUUUUUUUUUCAAAACUUAAUAGCAAGAUAUUCUCAGUAGUCUGUAUAGAGAGAAUUUUCUCUCUUACGUAUAUAUAUUCAUGAUCACCAUUAAAUUCAAAGUCGAUAUAAGAAUGUCCGUCUGUCUGUUGAAAUCACGAUACAGCCCACAUUAUUUCACGUAGAGCAUCCAAAUUUUACACAACAUUAUGUCUAGGAUGGUUGGUAUUGAAAAUGAGAUAAGAUAUAUCAGUCCACGUUGUGGUAUAGUCGCCAUAUAACGGUACCUUACGAUAUUCGGUUUUUUGAAGAUUUUCGCCACAUUUUCCCACGGACUUAUCUAAAAAUUGGUAUUUGUAGGUCAUAAUGGGUUCUAGCUCCGGUGGCGGCACAUUGUAUGUAUAGGUCCACGUCAAAAUACCUAAUUUCGGGAAGAUAUAAUGCAACUAUACAUACUUUCCGAAAUUCGGUAUUUUGAUGAUUUUCAGCACAUUUUCUUCUGAAGAAGCUAAAACAAAAACGCUCGAUUUUGAAUUACGGAAUUCAAACCAUUCCGAUUCGAUACUGUGACAUGCCUGAUAAGAUAUGACAACUAAGAAAUUUUUUUCUCGAAAAUGUUAACCUUCAAAUGACAGAUUUCUCCACAUUAUUUUAAAGCAUCCCUUUAAAAAGAUGUGGUGAAGGAUUUUUCUAUUCGUUUUACAAAUUCAAAACAGUGGCGGAACAUUGUAUGUAAAGGUCCACGUUUUGGUAUAGUUGCCAUAUAACAGUAUCUCGCGAAAUUAGGUUUUUUUUUUGAUGCUUUUCGCCACAUUUUUUCACGGAUUUUUCUAAAAAUUGCUAUUUGUAGGUCAUAAUGUGUUCUAGCUCCGGUAGCGGAACAUUGAAUAUCUAGGUUAAUUUUUUCCUCUAGCGCACACAUUACGGUACCCACCGAUAUUCGGUAGUCACAUUUACCCGCGAAAUAGAUAACAAUUGUUGUAAUAAAAAGUUGUCUAUAUAGGUACCCGUUUUGGUAUGGCCCCAUAUAACGGCCCCCUCACUUUAUGUUUUUUUAUGGCCGGGCUGAACUUUUAAUACACUCCACCAUUUGAAGGAACUAUUGAGCUUACGAUCUCGUCACUUGGGUAAAAAAUGUUUUUUGUCAUAGAAGUUAUUUUUAAAAUAACUUCUGGGGAGAAUAUCCCAGACAAAAAACAAGGGAACUGAUGAGGAUUGGUGGCUCUUUCCGAAACCUAGGUAUUCCCUGCCUUACCCCCUGGUAAACAUUACCAUCGUUCUCCACUAAUAAACAGACGUUGUUUUUUAUAAAAACAACAAUAAAGGGAUAAAGCCUGACCAUUUUGCAACAACAAAAUACUACGGUAUCCCGAACAAACAAGCCACACUAAACUUGAAAAAUUUCAAAAAUCUUCCGAAAACUACCACUUAAAUGAAAACUGUUAUAUGGAGACGUGGACCUGCUUACGAAAUUGUUUGUCAUAGCCUGUAGUACCCAUUACGAUCUUCGAAUACAAAAUUUGAAACAAUUCCGGUGAAUAAUGUCGCCUAAUCAUAGAAAUACCGAGUAUCGGGAGGUACCGUCAUAUAGGGGCUAUACGAAGACGUGGACCUGAAUACAAAAAUAUGGUCAUAGGCUGUAGUACCCACUACGAACUUUAAAUACGAAAUUUGAAAUAAUUCCGGUAAAUAAUGUCGCAAAAAUCAUGAAAAUACCGAACAUCGGGAGGUACCGUUAUAUGCGGGCUAUAUGAAGAUACAAAAACAAUGUAUAUAUAUUCUUGAUCAGCCUAAAAUUCUAAUAUGUUGUAAUCACACUAGAGUCAAAACGAAUAAAGAUGGGUAGCUAAUAUUUUGCACAGAUCAGUCUUUUGUCUGUAGGCAGGUCAAGUUCGAAGAUGGGCUAUAUACAACUGUACCCCCGAUAUUCCGUAUUUUGAUGAUUGUAGCCAAAUUUUAUUAAUUUACCGUUCAUAAUGGAAACUACAUGGAAAAUUGCGUAUGCAGGCCCACGUCUUCGUAUUAUGAUGAUUUUACCGACAUUUCUCACCGGAGUUGUUUCAAAUUUCGUAUUUAGAGUUUGUCUAUGCAUGCCCAGGUUUUCGUAUAGACCCAUAUAACGGCACCUCCCUAUAUUCGGUAUUUUGAUGAUUUUAGCUACAUUAUUCUCCAGAUCACAUUUCCCCAAUGUAACGGCUACAUUCGGUAUUUUUAAGAUUUUAAAAGGAUUUUUUUUUUUUAAAUCUCCAAAUUCGUUCCAUAUUGUGGAGGGUAUUCAAAGUUCAGCCCAGCCGAACUUACUGCUUUUUGACUUGUCUUUUGUCUAGUAUAAAUUUUAGAAAUGUAAAAAAGUUUCUUAGCUACUUUAUUCAAAGACAAAAGACGACUUUUAAACAUUUCGAUGUUAGUCCUCAACGAAAAAGCCGAUAUUUCUAUCUUCCGAUUUUUAUCAAUCAGUUAAAAUCCGAAUUUCGAUUUUGCGUAUUCAAACUUAAUUCGAUAAAAAUUUAUGUAGAUUUUUUGAGGUGUAGUUCAACCAAACUUAUUGGGUAACUCUGG